AUGCUUGGAGUCAACGUUAAUGUGCUCGGGCGCCAGCGCGCAUUGGGAAAACCAGUGUCUGUACGUGUACAACGUGCUUUGUCGCGUACGAGGCCGUUGAUGCCGUGUUCUGCAUUUCGGAGGAAGCUGGCGCGCUUGGUGAUGGCUCUGUGGGUGCGUGGUUGA